AUGAGUACCUUUAAGUUUAGUAUACCUUUGCAAAAGGACGAGUUAUUAGAAUGUCAUGCAGGACAAUAUCAUGUUGAAGAUGUCCUUUCACCAAGACUACUUUUAUCGAAAUUUCAAGAUGCUGCUCGAGCUUACAAUUCCGAGGGUGUUGAUUAUAUUCUUGAAUAUUUUGAUAUAUACUUCUCGGUAUUGGCUCAUGGUACAAAACUAGAGUGGAAUAUCAUAAAUAAAGGCUAUGAUCAUAUUCUGAGAACUAUUCAAAAUUUAUCUAGCUACUUAGAACCUAUACUGCAAGAAAGAGAUAUUGACAGUGAAGUCCGUAAUAAAAACCUAAAUAUUGUUAAAAUGACAAUUUAUUUAUUCACUCAAAUUAUGAAAACAAAGGAUACCAAAGUAGCAGCUGAUAAUUCAACUAAGUUGACUCUGGGGAAGAAAGGCAAGAAAACAACAGAAAGUGAUGAAAUCAGUUGUUGGACAGAACAUGACAAAAUGAAUGCCCUUGUUUCAAUGCACCAAAUUCUACAACAACCAUUAUCACGCCUUUGGGACCCACCUUUAGCCGAGCAAGAUUUUGUUUCAAUGGUUGUGGAGCCGUGCUAUGUGAUAAUAGAAGACCAGGCAAUAAAAAACAAAACAUUAAGAGAAACAGUAUUUCAAAUACUUGGAACUUUAAUUAAAAAAUAUAACCACGGUACAGCAUGUGUUAUUAAGUUGGUGCAGGUACUACAAAUGUAUGAACAUGCGGUGUCCCCGGUGUGUGCAGGUGUGGUUCAGUUGACCAAAGACUUUGGCCUGGGAACAUUCGCUCCUCAAAUGGUUCGUGAAAUAGCAGAAGCGUUGGCAUCCUCGGAGGAAGAAAACAGCGCAGGCACCGAACAAGGAGCGGCCAAGAACUGCGGAUCCUUCCUAUUGGAACUCACCAAGGAGCUUCCGAAAGAGAUGACCGGCGCCAUGGCCACCGUUCAACCCUACUUGGAAAGCGACGAGUCGUACACAUUAAGGAUAAGUAUCCUGGGGAUGAUGUGUGAAAUAUUAGUGAUGGAGUUGAAAGGAGAAGACCUGAGCGACGAACAGAGAAUACAAAGGGAUGACCUCCUCGAUGACUUGUUCGAACACCUGCACGACCAGUCUGCAUAUGUGCGACAUAAGGUUCUCCAAUACUGGUCUCGUUUGCAAAAGGAGAGCUGUGUGCCCGUCACCAGACAACAAGUCGUAUUGGAGCGAUCCGUGGGAAGGCUCCGAGAUAAGGCGGCUCUCGUCAGGAAAGCUGCCAUUCAGCUCGUCAAGAUCUUCCUGGAGUGUAAUCCGUUUUCGGCUCGACUCAAGUUGGACUCGCUCGAGGAGCAGCUCGCCGCGGAGACCGAAGCUCUCGAAAGUCUUCAGAAGAAGCUCAAUCCGGAUCCGGAUCCGGAACUGGUGAGAAAGUGGGAUGAAAUGGAGAAAGAUGUCGUGAAAACGAUUAAAGAAAAAAUGAAUCUAUUGACCCAAGACGAAAUGGAGUUGUCCCAGUCCACCGUAGACAAUUUGUAUCGAGCGAUUCGAGCCAGUUUGAGGGAAGAAAACUAUUAUAAGGCGUAUUUAAUAGUGAAGCACGUCGAGAGGCAACAUCCCGAAGCCAAAUUCCUGAGAUGCAGUCUGCCCAAGAGCGACCAGCUGGAAUACUUCGUGGCCCUGUUGCGGAAUAUGUACGUGACGCCGGAGAAAAGUCGUUCGGUUUCCGAGUGCGAAAACGAGAUGGCGCUGCUGAAGCGCACGGAAGAGAAGGAGAGCAUCGUCGCGUUUCUUCAAGAGUCCGUGCGCUUCUGCCGACUCAUCGCCGAAGCCGUUCCUGUGAUCGACGCCCUGCUGACCUCGAAGCAAGCGGGAGACGUCAACGAGGCCAUCGACUUCUUCACGGCGGCUCAUCAUUUCCACGUGGAGUCGGCCAAAGUCGGCAUUUCCAACAUGCUCGUCCUCGUGUGGUCGCGGGAUCAAGACAAACGGGAAGCCGUGGAGCGCGCCUAUCGGGAGAUGUACCUGGAGUGCGAGAGCAGAGCGGAACGAGCCCGAGCCUUCACCGUCGCCAAGAACCUGGUUUCCCUGCUUUGGAUCGUCGACCGAGACUCGGCGCUGGCUCUGCAGCACUUGGUGGAGAAGUGGGUGUCGAGGGGAGACAUCUCGCCCGCCGUCAUUCAGGUGUUCUGGGAAAUGUUUCUGAAAAAAAUCGACGGCACCACCGAUUCGGACGGGUACGCGGCCCUGUCCUUGCUGGUCAUGAUCGCCAAGGCCAAACCUUCCGUGGCGGUCGCCAACUUGGAGCUCGUUCGGUCUCACGGCCUCGCCGGAGACUACGACUCGCGGGAUCUGAGCGCUCAGCUGCUGACGUCUCUGGCCAAGAGAGACCGGAGACUCUCCGCCGACGACCCGAUCUUCGCGGCCCUCCGCGACAGCCUCUCGGAAGCGUUCACGACGUUCGAAGACUUCGUGUCGUUCGCCGCCAACUCCCUCGACUUCGUCUACGCCGCGUGCGACACACCCGACGUCGUCGCCUCCGAGCUGUUGGCGGAGAUGUACGCGCGUAUCGAAGAGCAGACGACCGACGCGGACGACGACUCGACCGACGUUCCCGCGGAGUUGCUGACGAGGUUCGUCUUCGUGUUGGGUCACGUGGCGCUGCAGCAGCUCAUACACCUCGAUAUAUCGGUGUACAGCGAACUGAGGCGACGCAACCAGGUUCGAGAGGAGCGGAAAGCGGAGGAGAAGAGAAAGAAAGCCGCGACUCCCGCCCGGCGCGGCAGAGCGCAAGACCUGCGGCGCCAGACUCUCAUGAAUGCCAGCAACGCCAGCGCGUCUUCCAGGGGCGCGCGCACUCCGAGCGUCGGCUCCGGAGCCCGGCAGACGGCCGACGGCACGAUGACCGAGGAGGAGGCGCUGGAGGGCGCCGUGGCGGACGACGCCGACGCCGAGUACGUGAGGGCCGUCUGCGAGAGAGACGUCGUGGGGCCGGGCACCGCUCUCGCCCGCUACGCCCCGCUCCUGCGCCACGCCCUGACCGCGCCCGGGACUCCGCAGCGGUUGCAGGUCGCGGCCGCUCUCGCCUACACCAGGUUCAUGCUGGUGUCGAGCGCCGUGUGCGAGGAGGGCCUGCAGCUGACGGUGACGAUGCUGAAGCGGUGCCGCGACGUCGCCGUCCGGAACAACCUCACGAUCGCCUUCGCCGACCUCACCCUCCGGUUCCCGAACCUCACCCAGCCGUGGACUCCGCACGUCUACCGCAUUCUGAGCGAUGAGGAUCCGGAGGUCCGCCGAUGCGCCGUGAAGAUGCUGUGCUUCCUCGUGCUCCACGAGAUGGUGCGCGUGAAGGGGCAGAUCGCGGACAUGGCGCUCUGCUGCGCCGACCCCGACCGGCGAGUGGCCGACAUGACCAGGCUCUUCUUCAAGCAGCUCUCGCUCAAGGGGAACGCGCUCUACAACGUGAUGCCGGACAUCAUUUCGAGGCUCGGCGAUCCCGAGCUGAACGUCGCGGAAGACAAGUACCGGGUCAUCAUGAGGUACAUAACCUCCCUCAUCCAGAAGGAUCGUCAGACGGAGGCGCUGAUAGAGAAGCUCUGCCAAAGAUUCAAACUGGCGACGGACGAGCGCCAAUGGAGGGACCUCGCCUUCUGUCUGUCCCUGUUCACCUACAACGAGAGGGCGCUCAAGAAGCUCAUCGAGAACCUCGACUGCUACAGAGACAAACUGCACUGCGACGGAGUCAUGGACUCCUUCAACACCCUCAUGAACAACGCCUCCAAGAUGGCCAAAAACGAAAUAAAGGCCUUAGUGACGGAACUGGGUGACAAAAUCGAGGAAUGCUUCGCGGUGAAGGAUAACGACGAGGAACACGGGAACAAACAGUCGGACGAAAGCGAACGCCCCGCCCCUAAAGCCACACCCCGAAGGAGACCCGCGCCGAGAAAAGCGCGAACCGAGUCGCCCAGCCCCGACGAGAACGAAGCCCCGAACGCGGCCGCGACGCCGCUCGGCGUCCGGAAGUCGGCCAGGAAACCGAGAGCCGCUCGGAAGAAGACCGACGACUGCGAAUCCGACGAGUCUGAUGAUGACGAUUUCCAGAAAAAAGAAGUCUUCAAGAAACCCUCCACGAGGAAGGGCACCCGGCGGAGAAUAUAA